CGGGGGCUGCCGGCUGCGCUCGGGCCGGCGCGGCGGCGGUGCGUACAGACUCGCCAUGGACUUCAACAUGAAGAAGCUGGCGUCGGACGCGGGCAUCUUCUUCACCAGGGCGGUGCAGUUCACAGAGGAGAAGUUUGGCCAGGCUGAGAAGACUGAACUUGAUGCCAACUUUGAGAACCUCCUGGCCCGGGCAGACAGUACCAAGAACUGGACAGAGCGGAUCCUGAGGCAGACUGAGGUGCUGCUGCAGCCCAACCCCAGUGCUCGAGUGGAGGAGUUCCUGUAUGAGAAGCUGGACAGGAAGGUCCCCUCGCGUGUCACCAACGGGGAGCUGUUGGCUCAGUAUAUGGCGGAGGCGGCCAGUGAGCUGGGGCCCACCACGCCCUAUGGGCAAACACUCAUUCAGGUUUCAGAGGCUGAAAAGCGCCUGGGAGCUGCAGAGAGGGAUUUUAUUCAUGCUGCCUCCAUCAGCUUCCUCACGCCCCUGCGCAACUUCUUGGAAGGGGACUGGAAGACGAUUUCGAAGGAGAGGCGACUCCUCCAGAACCGGCGUCUGGACCUGGACGCCUGCAAAGCACGGCUGAAGAAGGCCAAGGCUGCUGAAGCCAAAGCCACGUGUGAGGGAGAUACGGUGCCUGACUUUCAGGAGACUAGACCUCGUAAUUACAUUCUCUCGGCCAGCGCCUCCGCGACCCUGGAUGACACUUCCCACCCUCCUCCCCGGGCCGAGUGGAAGGAGAGACAUCCUGAAGGGUGGAAGACGCCCUGUUUUUUUCUUUUGCCACUGACCCCCAGUGUGACUCAGGCCCGAGGCUGCCUUUCUCUGCCAGAGGACAGAAAGCUUUGGAAUGAUGAAGUAGAUAAGGCUGAACAGGAACUUCGAGUGGCCCAGACAGAGUUUGACCGGCAGGCAGAAGUGACUCGUCUCCUGUUGGAGGGUAUCAGCAGCACCCACGUGAACCACCUUCGCUGCCUCCAUGAGUUUGUCAAGUCUCAGACGACUUACUAUGCACAGUGCUACCGCCACAUGCUGGACUUGCAGAAGCAGCUGGGCAGCUCCCAAGGCGCCAUAUUUCCAGGCACCUUCGUGGGUACUACAGAACCUGCCGCCCCACCUCUGAGCAGCUCCUCACCCACCAACACUGUGGCUACGAUGCCUGUAGUGCCCAGUGUGGCCAGCAUGGCCCCUCCGGGGGAGGCUGCACUCUGCCUGGAGGAGGUGGCCCCGCCUGCUAGUGGGACUCGAAAGGCCCGGGUGCUCUAUGACUAUGAGGCAGCUGACAGCAGUGAGCUGGCCCUGCUGGCUGAUGAGCUUAUCACUGUGUACAGCCUGCCUGGCAUGGACCCCGACUGGCUCAUUGGUGAGAGAGGCAACAAGAAGGGCAAGGUCCCUGUCACCUACUUGGAACUGCUUAGUUAAGCAGAAUCCUCCCAGGCCCUACCCAGGGCCUGACCCUGCCACCUGUCUGCCGGUGACACAGCUGCUCGGAUGGGGAGCCUGACCCCGUUCUGCCUGCACCUCCACCGUCCAACUGUGAGGGAGCCCAUGAGGCUGAAUGGCCCUAGCCCCUCUGCUAACCCUGCUUCUGACCUGCACCCCUGUGUACCCCAGCCCUCCCAGCUACCAUGAGGGAGGGACACUACUCAGCACCAACACAGGCCCAGGACAUGUUGGGGGCACCCUUGGCAUGAAAAGAGCAUCUGCCUUUUAGUUGCCAAAGGCUGGGUAGGGGCAACAGCAAGGCAGGCAGAGACCAGAGCAGCACCACGGGUGCUACCUUUCCCCCCAUUCCUAGCUCCAGCUGAACAUGGCUGCAGCCUUCACUUCCUCUCACUUUUUAACUGGUAUUUUUACUUCUGCCUGUCUGCUUGCUCUAGCCAGUGGCAAAUAAACCCUCCUUUGUGUGCAA